CGUGACCAAGAGCACGUGGUGGAUGCUUCUGGAAGAUCGCUCCCUUUUCACGAGCCGCCUAGGCCAAGCAGUCUAGACUCCCUACCGGCGAAACAUCACUCCGUCGCUGGCUCUCUUGCUCCACUAUGUCGGCCAUAAAGUCCCUGAACCCGAAAGCCGAAGUGGCCCGCGCCCAUGCCGCCCUUGCGGUCAACAUCAGCGCGGCCCGCGGGCUCCAGGACGUGCUGAAGAGCAACCUGGGUCCGAAAGGCACCAUGAAGAUGCUGGUCUCCGGCGCAGGCGACAUCAAGUUGACCAAAGAUGGAAAUGUUUUGUUACACGAGAUGCAAAUUCAGCAUCCCACUGCAACACUCAUCGCUAAGGUUGCCACGGCACAGGAUGACAUCACGGGAGACGGGACCACCUCCAAUGUCCUCAUCAUCGGUGAACUGCUGAAGCAGGCUGACCUCUACGUGUCAGAGGGCCUCCAUCCCAGAAUCAUCGCCGAGGGCUUUGAGGAGGCCAAGGGGAAGGCCCUGGCCUUCCUGGAGGAGGUGAAGGUGGUGCGAGAGAUGGACAGGGAGACUCUGAUCAGCGUAGCGCGCACCUCCCUCAGAACCAAGGUCCACAAGGAGCUGGCCGACCUCCUCACUGAGGCUGUUGUCGAUGCUGUGCUUGCCAUCGCUGUUCCCAAUGAGUCCAUUGACCUGUACAUGGUGGAGAUCAUGGAGAUGAGGCACAAGACCGACAGCGACACUCAGCUGAUCCGAGGGCUGGUCCUGGACCACGGUGCCAGACACCCCGACAUGAAGAAGAGGGUGGAGGACGCCUUUGUGCUGACCUGCAACCUGUCCCUGGAGUACGAGAAGACGGAGGUCAACUCCGGCUUCUUCUACAAGAGCGCAGAGGACCGGGAGAAGCUUGUGUCGGCGGAGAGGAAGUUCAUCGAGGAGCGCGUGCAGAAGAUCAUCGCGCUCAAGAAAGCCGUCUGUCCCGAUGGCAAGAAGGGCUUUGUGGUCAUCAACCAGAAGGGUAUUGAUCCAUACUCUCUGGAUUCCCUCGCCAAGGAAGGCAUUGUUGCUCUGCGCAGAGCAAAGAGGAGGAACAUGGAGAGACUCACAUUAGCUUGCGGUGGCAUUGCAAUGAAUUCCGUUGAUGACCUCACUCCAGAGUGCUUGGGCCAUGCCGGACUUGUGUACGAACACACACUGGGAGAGGAGAAGUACACGUUUGUGGAGAAGUGUGGUAACCCUCGCUCGGUGACCCUGCUGGUGAAGGGGCCCAACAAGCACACCCUCACACAGAUCAAAGAUGCUGUCAGGGAUGGGCUGCGCGCCGUCAAGAACGCCAUCGAGGACGGAUGCGUGGUGUCCGGGGCAGGGGCGUUUGAGGUGGCAGUGGCCGACGCCCUGGUGAAGCACAAGCCCAAGGUCAAGGGAAGGGCCCAGCUGGGAGUGCAGGCCUUCGCUGACGCUCUCCUCAUCAUUCCCAAGGUUCUGGCCCAGAACUCUGGCUACGACCCCAUGGAGACCCUGGUGAAGCUGCAGACGGAGUAUAAGGAGUCUGGCCAGCUAGUGGGAGUGGACCUCAGUACAGGUGAACCAAUGGUGGCUUCAGAAGCAGGCGUUUGGGAUAACUACAGCGUCAAGAAACAGCUCCUUCAUUCAUGCACGGUGAUUGCCAGUAACAUCUUGCUGGUAGAUGAGAUCAUGAGAGCUGGAAUGUCUUCUCUGAAGGGUUAAGCGCCGCCUAUAGACCACGUCGCUGUCCCCAUGGAUGGUCCUCUAGCAAAUCGGAUGGUCCACAGCGCCUCACUGCUUGUGGCACGAUGAUGCACCCCGCAGUCUGAUGGACAGCCCAUUAUUAUAUGUCCCUUUGUCCAUUAUCUGUGUCAAAGAUAAUUGCUAGCUCCCAGUUUAUGGAUUUGUCAUCACUUCUUUUAAAUGACUUGUCUAUUUAAGAGAUUGUUAAGCACUGAACGGUCAUCCAGUUUUGUUUCUACUCAUUAAAAGUGUUCCUUGCUCAUGAA